UUAGCUUUCUUUUUCUCUCUCUCUGUGAACCUUACCUUUUUAAGCCCUAUUCUUCCUAGUUUUUUCCAAAACCUUCUUCUCUUUCUGCUACUUCUUCUAGCAUAAAUAUAUCUCUAUAUCUAUUUAUAGAUAUAUUACAUAUAGGUGUGUAUAUAGAAGUCAAGUGAAAAUGGUGAGGGGAAAGACUCAGAUGAGGCGCAUAGAGAAUGCUACAAGCAGGCAGGUGACCUUCUCCAAGCGGCGAAACGGACUGCUGAAGAAAGCUUUUGAGCUUUCUGUGCUUUGUGAUGCUGAGGUUGCUUUGAUUAUCUUCUCAACUAGAGGCAAGCUUUUUGAAUUUGCCAGUUCAAGCAUGCACGACAUGAUAGAGCGCUACAGGAAGUGCACCAAAGAUGUUCACAGUAACAAGACCCCUGUGGUGCAAGAUAUGCAGCAUUUGAAGCUUGAAACAGCUUGUUUGGCAAAGAAGAUAGAGCUUCUUGAAGUUGCAAAGCGUAAGCUAUUGGGAGAAGGUCUAGGAUCAUGCACCUUAGAAGAGAUACAGCAAGUUGAACAACAAUUAGAGAAGAGUGUGUGCACCAUAAGAGAUAGAAAGAUGAAGGUCUACAAUGAACAGAUUGAGCAACUUAAGGAAAAGGAGAAGACCCUAGCAGCAGAUAAUGCAAUCUUAUCCGCCAAGUGUGAACUUCAACCACCGCAAGAAUCAAACGAAGACAAGGAAUACUCUCCCUCCACCGAGACUGAAAAUUCAGAUGUGGAAACUGAACUCUACAUUGGACUUAGAAAGAAGAUAUCAAGCAUGUAGCAUAUAUAUGACAGAUGAUAAAUAAGGUCAGCUGGUUGUGAAAGUGGGCUUGCACCUGUUUCCCUUUUCACAAAUCAAGUUUUGGAACAUCCAAGAAAAAGUACUUGAAUUUCACUACUCAGUUUAAAGAUAACAGAUAGUCUGCUGAGUGAUGUUAUGUUCUGCCCCUGACCUAGUAUUUUUAUCUUAAGUAUUAUCAGCUGCAGAUAUAAUAAUAAAUAAUGCUAGUCUGCCAGCUGAUGUAAUGCAAUUAUAUUAUUUAUGGAACUGAUUUUAUAA